UGAGUUGGAAUGGCUUAAAAACCAGCAGUGUUGUAAACAGCUUUUUGUAGCGGGGAGGUUCUUGAGAAAAUCGACAAAAAUUGGCGAGUUCUUGAGUCCGUUUCUUUCAGAAUUUACUAACAAGGAAGAUAUAACGACUGGAAAACGGAAUACGUGAAAAGAAUUCAUCUUACAGAAACCUGCAACAGCAAACAACGUGGGAUUCUUCAUCGUGACAGAACUUACCUCGAACGUCAAAAGCGCACAGCUCAGCUGACGAUGACAACUUCAAGAGAGUUUCUAACAAUGCCACUCACAAGAAAAUUUGGCAGCAUGCCUUCCCUGGCUCAGAAAUCCAUAAUAUCACUCGAUUAUAAAGAUGAAGGUUUUACACCUCGGAAAGUUUCAGACCCACCAAAGAGUGGGACUAGACAAAGUGGAACGCAUGAAAGUUUGGAAUUACCACAAGUCAGGUGGUCGUUGGUCAUUCCCGCCAAAAAUGUCCAUAGUCCCAAUUCUCGGCAAAAGAUCGCCUGGCGUAGUCCGCUGCUUGAACAACGGCAAAAUGCAGGGGUGGACCAACAGAGCGUAGGGGAAACUAUAACGCCAAAUAAGGAGAAAACGGCCGCAGGCAGUCCUGGUAAGCGACGGCUGAACGAAAAUGCCACGUUUCUGCUGAAACAACAUUCUGAGUGGCUGGGCAGAGUUUUACCAUUCAAUGAAAGGCUCAAUGGAGUUAAAAAGGCCGAUAGCAGUUUGAAGACAAGAGCACAGAUUACAGGGCAAGGAAAAGUUACUAACACAGGGCAAAACACAAAGCUUAAGGGUAUCCAAGUUAGAAAGUCGCAAAUUCGAAGAAAAAUAGAGGUACCCAAGAAAGCACCUUUGACGACAAACAAAGAUGCCGGGAAAUAUUCUCGAGCAAUUUCUGUGGAGAGAGAAUUCUACUUCCAGGACUACAGACAAAAAUGCAUUCAGUGGCUGAAAUCCCUACCGGAUAGUGGAACACACCCGAUGAACUUACGCUAAAGACAAAUGGGAACAUUAUGAACAAAGUUCACAGCCUAUUUUUAGUUCACAUUCGAAUUUUUAGAAUCCACGCAUUAAUUACGUUAAUUUAUUUAUAUUAUAUUAUAAAUUUAUGUAUAUAUUGAUUUAAUUUAUUCUCGGCACCUGUCUACCCUUACAAGGCAUUGACAUUAUAGGAAUAAAAAAGUACGUCAUUCAGAAUAUUAAGGUGGCUGAACACAGUUUUUGAUACCUGUGUUUCAUUCACCUUUUUCUCUAAAACCCUAUGGCGUUCCAUCCCCGCCAAAAUUCAAUGUUCCAUUUUACGUUCUACUUUUCGCAUUUUA